AGUACCGAUUUUGAGAUUUUGAAACAGAACACCGAAGUCUCUCAAAGACUCAAACUUUCAGUUACCCCAUCUGUCUGCCUCGUAAGCUGCUCGCUCUCUAAUGUUCUGUCUUCUGGGGGAAUAGAUUUUUUUAGGGAAUCAUCGAUUUGGGAGGUCCAAAGAUGCAGAAACUGGCUGAUUUCAAGCUUCCUCAGUUCUUCAAUUAUCCUCCAUACUUCACGUUGCAGCCUGUGAGGGACACUCGUGAGAAGCAGAUACAGCUCUGGAAAGAGCUUAUUUUGGAUUACUGCAAAUCCCAAAAGACUUUCUUGAUUUGCGUUGAAGAGGAUUUCCCUCUCUUCUCAAACUCUGCCAUUGAUAGAUCUCUAAGUCAUGAAGCAAAGGAAACAUUUCUCUCAGCCAUCGUUGGAGAAGGGCGUGCUGAGUGGUUAGAUAAAGGGCAUAGGAAAUGUCUGAUUCUGUGGCACCGGAUUCAAGAUUGGGCAGACAUUAUUCUUCAGUUUGUGAGAGAUAAUGGGUUAGAAGACAGUGUUAUGACUGUUGAAGAAAUACGUUCAGGGACAGAAUCACUUGGAACAGAACUUCAAGGGAUAGAUCGAACCAUUCUAAUGAGAGCCUUAAAGCUUCUAGAGAACAAGGGCAAACUUGCAUUGUUCAAGGGAACAUCAGCUGAUGAUGAAGGUGUCAAGUUCUCUGUCUGAUACCACUCUGUAUAAAACUUUUGGUAAUGUUGGAAACAUCUUACGAACCAAGGACAAAAAAAUUGGAGAAACAACUCUUUUUGUAUUCUGAUAACACAAUCAUUCUCUAAUCACACUUUUUGAUUCUAUAUAA